AAUCCACCGUCAGUUGUAUAAAAAGAGAGCGCAUAUGGUAUAUGCAGUUCAUUGAAGUGAACAGGGUUCAUCAUGCUCCCAUUCAUUCUGCUAUUUUCACUGACUUGGCUCAACUGCACUAUUGCAGUAUCAGCCAAACAAAGCUGUCCUCCUGGUUCGGUUGAAAGUUUAUGGACAUGUGCCGCCCCAGGAACUACCCAAGACCUUUGUCAAUCAUGCGUCCGAGUAUUCAACCCUGGCUGCAUGUGUAUGUCGGGUCGGGUACUAGACAAAGCUGGCCAAAACUGUAUCGCCGCACCUCAAUGUCAAGGAUCUCCAUCUGGGGGGGUUCAGCCGAACGGGGUAGAGCAAGCAAUACCACAAUCACAAAUGAACUUUUGCCCCGCCGAUAAUCUCAAGGCAAAGCCGUCAGGGACCUCAUCAGGAUCUCCAUCAGUGGGGGAUGAUUCGAGCAGAAAGGAAUCGACCAGAAACCCAGAAUCUUCACCAAGUGGUAAUGAUAAAGGAAAUGGAGUACCAUCAUCCCCAAAUGAUAGGGACAAUGGAGUACCACCAUCCCCAAAUGAGAAAGGAAAUGGAGUACCACCAUCUCCAAAUGAGAAAGGAAAUGGAGUACCACCAUCUCCAAAUGAGAAAGUAAAUGGAGUACCACCAUCCCCAAAUGAGAAAGUAAAUGGAGUACCACCAUCCCCAAAUGAGAAAGGAAAUGGAGUACCACCAUCUCCAAAUGAGAAAGUAAAUGGAGUACCACCAUCCCCAAAUGAUAAAGAAAAUGGAGUACCACCAUCUCCAAAUGGGGGAAAAAAUGAAACACAUUUUCCCGCCAUGGGGACGUCAAAUCGUGUGAAUUUACCUGAAGACUCAUCAUCCAGUGAAGAUUCAUCGAACAGUAACUCAAAUGAUGGUACUGAUAGCUCAGCCGUCGGUGUUAAACUUGACAGCAACGAAUCUCGUGAGGAUACUCGGAGAGAAAAUUCAUCAGGACCAACAGCGACAUCAAAUACAUCACCACCAAACCCUGACGUUUCCAAUACUAACUUCCCCGACGGUUCGCAAAACCGCGACACAGACAACGCACCAGAACCUGGUUCUGGUACUAAUGAAUCACAGGACAACGUGAGGAGAAAAAAACCAUUAGAUGAUUAUAACAACAGUAAUAAGGAAUCUAUUGGUAGCUCAACAUCAAAUGAGGACAGAGAAGAAGAGUACGUGUAUUACUCCUGGGAGGAGACCGAAGAGCCCGAACACGAUGAUACCCCACCGAACGGUGCGCCGGUUCCACCGUCAGGUCCAGGUCUGCUCCCAUCACAAGACCCUGAAUGGGGUGAUGAUAGUUCCUCGCCAAGUGAUGAAAGACAUGUAUUCGUCGACGACCCGGCCUUUGACUACGAUGUGGAUAUUGAUAUUGGAGACCUGGGAAGCGAGACUGUCGAUGUCUCACCGCCGUCGAAUGACCGAUCUCCCAAUUGCUCUAUUCUGAAAGAUGGUUCAGUGGAUUGUGAUACCUUGGACCAGAAGGCGCAGGAACUGAAAAGGAAACUGUCGGAAGGAUGUAAAGGCUUGCCCAUCCAUGUGCUAGAUGUACUUACUCCUGAUGCAGAGCAAAAGCUCGUCAAGCUGUUGAGUGGAUGUAACAAGUCACCCAUAAAAUAAUUAGGAGAAGAUAAUGACGAGGAAUGUUUUACCUCAACUACUUCAGGUGAAACAUAAAAUGAAGCUACAUCAGGUUCAAGAAGGUUAAAAUCUUAUUGUCAAAUUGUCAUUCCAUCAAAUACUGACCGUUGAUGAAUAUUUUAUUUAUGAUAAAUGUUCAUUCAGUGGAGAGAAGAAUAUAUUUUUUGAAAAGUGUAUUUUUCUAUUGGAGCGAUUUUCGAAUGCGCCCCAGGAGGGUUCGAUUACGAUAAUUAUUUUAGAUUUAGAUAACAAUAUGACACGUCAUAUUACACGGAGGGAAAUAUUGAAUAAAAAUUACGUGUCUGUUGCGUAAUUCUGAAGCGAAGUGCGAUUAUAGGAAAUUUUUCGUUACUGUCAUGGAUUUUUUUCUGGAAUUCUCGUAAUUUUUAUCUGAAUCGUGUGUGAAAAUUGCGAUAUCGUCACGUAAAAUUUCCUAUUAAUUCCGUAAUCGGUAAGAGAAAUGCGAGUUUCGUAAUUUUUACUGAAUAUUUCCCUUCGUGUAGAUGUGCUACUGACAAUUUUUCUUAAUUUUGUCAUUUUUAACUGGGUCAAAUUGCGAUUAACAUUUCAAUGUUUGUAGUUAUCCAGUAAUAGUUAUCCUCUCAACACCACAAUUAACAUAAACAUCUUUUGAAGGAAUUCAAUCGUCAUAAUAAACAUUUGAAAAAUACACUAAUAAUAAACACUUCUCCCUAGCAAAUGGAUAUUUAACAAAACUAAGAUUAUUUGUAAAAUAACUUAUAUAGCAUUAGCGCCCCAAAUUAAUUUAAAGAAUGUUUGCCUUUGACUUUGAACAAUGUACAAUCAUUCACUAUGAGAAUAAAUAUAUUAUUGUUGGAACAGAAAAA